AUGAGUUUUUAUGAUUUAUAUCUCAAGCCUGAGACAUCGAAAAAACAAAUAACCAAAAGUGUUCAGCUGGUGCCACCGCCAGGAUACACGGAGACUCCAAAGAAGGUGAAGGGAAGCAAGGACGCGGAGAGAAUAGUGAAAAAUUACGAUCUGCAGAGACUAAAGAUGCGCAAGGCAUGGGAGAUGGCGUAUUCUCCCGCAAAGAACAUUCCCAUGAAUUUGGUGAUGAUGUAUUUCUCGCCCAAUACCCUCCAAUUGAUCCCAAUCAUGAUGACCCUCAUGCUGUUUGUGAAUCCCUUGAAAGAAAUCUGGACGGUGAACCAAACCUUCAAUGACUUAGACAUAGGAGAAACCAACGAGGGAGGCUAUGAUCGUUUCCUCAUGAAAGUUUUGUACACAUUGUGUUCCCUCGGAACAAUGGCAGUUGGAGUGUGGAAGCUUAAUGGUAUGGGUCUUAUUCCUAAUAGCUCGAGCGAUUGGUUGGCGUGGGAGGCUCCUACGAUUGGCCAAAUUAGGUCGAUUGUGAUAUAG